AUGGCGAACCGGGGAAAGACUCACAAUGAGGAGGUCUACUGCAUCAAAGACCUCGAGCGAUUGGGCUCAGGCAAGAUGCAAAAGGCUUAUCGUGAAUACUACAACGAGGGAGCUAUGGACCUCAUUACACUCCGAGAGAACGAAUCAGCCUAUGAUCGAUACAUGAUCCGUCCUCGCGUACUACGCGAUCUUUCACACCUGGACACCAGCACUUCCAUCGUCGGGUGCAAGGUAAAGUUUCCCUUCGGAUUCUCUCCAACUGCCAUGCAAACACUGGCACACCCCGACGGAGAGGAGGGUACAUCCAAGGCCUGCGCCAAAAACAAUACUCUCAUGGGCCUAUCAAACUACUCUACCAAGGAGCUGGAAAAUGUCAUAUCACACAGCAAGGGCAACCCUUACGUGAUGCAGAUGAGUCUUCUCAAGAACAAGAAGGCUAUGAUCCAAAUGAUCAAGCGGGCCGAGGCCGCUGGCUUCAAGGCACUAUUUCUCACCCUUGAUGUACCUUACUUGGGCCGACGACUCAAUGAGUAUCGCAACAAGUUCGCCGUGCCCGAGGGUAUGGAAUACCCAAAUCUUUUCCCGGGCGUUGAUGUGACCAAUCUCGAGGAUGGCGAUGAGUCAAUGGCCUACGAUUCCUCUAUUGAAUGGCCACAGAUUAUGCCCUUCUUCCGUCAACAUACAAAAAUGGAAAUCUGGGGCAAAGGAAUCUAUACUGCAGAAGACGCCGAACUCGCCAUAAAGUAUGGCUUCGACGGAAUUGUAAUCUCAAAUCACGGCGGUCGCCAGCUUGAUAGUGUCCCCUCCACCCUCGACGUUCUCCGCGAGAUUGUCCCUGUGGCAAAGGGCAAGAUUCCCAUUGCUGUCGACGGUGGUAUCCGACGAGGCACCGAUAUCUUCAAGGCCCUAGCUCUUGGUGCCGAUUUCUGCCUUGCAGGUCGACCGGCUAUUUGGGGUUUAGCCUACAAUGGCGAAGAAGGUGUAGACCUUGCUAUCAAAUUGCUUUACGAUGAGUUCAGGACGUGCAUGGCGUUAGCAGGUUGCAAGAACGUGUCUGAAAUUCGCAAGGAGAUGGUCUCGCUACUCCAGCCGGAUGGUCGUUUGUUGAAAUUAUGA